GUGCCACUGGCCUAGUGCCAUUUGCACAUUUGACGGUCGGUAUAGCCCGCUGAGCUAUUCGGCUCCGAAACAUGUGUAGGUCCUGCUACUCCGAAUUUCUCGCCUCCGUUGCGGAUGCUGUUGCCGUGGCAAUUGUUGUCGUGGGUGCUAUAGUGUUUUCCAAGCAGCAUUCGCUACAUAUCUAUGCUGGUUAUCACCAGUCAUCUCAGUCAUCAUUCAAUGACGAAAGUGUACGGUUCGUUCACGCGGUUGAGUCGGAGAGUUGAAUCGAAUUGUGAAAAGCCUCGCCUUAAUUCAGUGCAUAUAUAUUUGCUACAGUUGUCAAGGAAUGUGGAAAUCAAUCAAUUGCUGUUAAUGGCUUUUUAGUGACAAGAAAAGAAGUAUAUAAAAGAACAAUAAAAUAAAUAAAAUCCAUAAGUCUAGCGAAUUUGUAUUGACAACGGUAAAAACACCGUUAUACAUUAACGCGCCUUGAAAGAUACAAGUGAACGGAUGGAGGAAGCAAAGCAAAUCUUCAUAAAUCAUGCGAACCAUUAAUUGAUUUAGAAUUCAAUAGAAAAGUGUUGAAAGCUCCUUAUAUUUAUUCAAAUGCCAAUCGGAAAAGUUUGUUUUUUGUGUGAGUCACACAGCGAUUCGUAGGUGGAUGCGCUCCCCCAUAUUUUCAAGGAGAAAUUAAUUCCAUAUGACAAUACCAUGGACGAUAUGAUAGUCCAGAACAAUAAUCAACACUCAGUAUAUGUACUGAACUCUAAUUACCGAUAUUAUGGGAAUUUUUCACGACACAAUUUACUCGGAACCAAUGAUGGGACCAAUAAAAAUUCAUCAAAUUGCCAACACUCAUCAGCAGCGAGAUCCGGCAAUAGAAGUUGUUCAGCCAGUACACUAACAUUCGAACAUAAAUUAUGUAAUUUGGGGAACUUUCGCGACGUUCCGGAAGCAAUCGGAAUUCCUGUCACAACCGCCCCACCUUCGCUUUCCGCAACAGUGCCAACAACAACAAUAGCACCGCCCCCAACGAGAUGCCUGCCACCAACGACUGCAAUUCAAAAAUUCUUCAACUGCAGCUACGUGUCAGCUGCCGGUGAAGGCAAUGGCGUACAUGCGCUGCUUGCUGGAUCCAGUCGCGGCGACGGAUGUGGAGGGGCAGUGGAAGUGCUCUCUGUGCAGCGUACAUGCCAAAUCAAAACUAGUAGUAGCAACAAUAAGAAAAAAAGUGUUAACUUGAAACCAUCGCUCAUCGCAAAGAAGACGAAAUUUCGAAAAUUUAUUGAGGAGGAAAAGUGGAGGGCAAAUGAGGAGUGCACUGGUGAAAAUGAAUUUCUGCAUAGUGGCGACAAUGCUUGUUUGGAUUGCACUGGUCCUAGAACACCCAUUGAAUUUCAUACCAACUCAUGUGUGAAGGAAUCAAAUGCUGCUGAGUCAACAAUGUUAACUGCUUCAAUGGCCGCAAUGGCAAGUUGUGAGUCGUAUAACACCACCGUUAAACAUGACUGGAAUGGAAAACUCGAUGAGAGUGCAGCUGGCAGUGGGAGCAAGCGACAUCAGGAGCAAAAGCAGUCGAGCUAUUGGAGCGGAAACGGUGAUAGUAGCCAUCAACAAAAGCAUGCCCAACCACAGUUAGAAGUGUGGAAAUUAUCGCAACAACAAAAAAGCAAUUACGAUCUCUACAAAGAAGCGACCGAGUUGCUGGGACUCUCUUGUACACUUUGUGAUAACUGCCGUUGCCUCGAAUGUCAGAGUAGCUACUUUGACUGUGAUGACUCUGACAGCUUGCCCGAUCUAUCCAAUUCAGAGGAGUUCGACGAGGAGACCAUGAAUGCGAUAAACAGCUCUGUUGAUCUGGUGAUGUAUGCUCAUUGCUACAGCGACAAGGCGAUGACAAACAAUGGGAUAUCAACAACUCAAUCAGAACAACGUUGGAAAAUAGCCGACCAAUCGCAACGACAGACGCAGCAGACACAUCACAUAAGUCAUGCUGUAAAUUGCAAUGCAACGGAUUUGUUAGAUAGUGGAUAUGACAGUUGUAAAUUGGCUGUUGAUGAUGAGGUGCAUUCAAGUGAACGCCACCCACCCAAUGAGAUAGAAAAUUUUAUGAGUUUCAACGAGCUAAGUUUGUCGGAUAUCGGCGUAGAGGCGUCUUCUGGAACCGAAAAGGAGAGACGAGGAUAGAUAUUCAUGUACAUAUGUACAUAUGUACAUGAUUGAUUCUAUAUAAAUAUGUAAGUUGCUUUAUUUAA